CGGGGCCCCGCCGCAACCCCCAGCACCACGCAGCCGGUGUGGGCUCCGCGGGCGGUAACGGGGCGGUGCGGAGCGGCGGGCCCCGGCCAUGAGGUCCACCGCCUUCCGGGCGGGGCGGGAGGAGGAGGAGGAAGAGGAGGAGGAGGAGAAGGAGUGGGAGGAGGGCUCCGCACCGCACCGCCUGCCGCCCCGCCGGCCCCGGGAGCCGCCGCCGCCGCCGCUGGGGGCACACAAGGGCCGCGGCGGCGGGGUGGUGGCGGCGGCGGCGGAGCAGCAGCAGCAGCCGCAGCAACAGCAGCAGCCGCAGCAGCGCUGGGCCGGGCCGGUGCCGCUGGCCGGUGGCAGGCAGGCCGCCGCGGGGGAUGCGGGCGCCCGGCCGCGCUGCCAGGCCGUGCUGCCCGGGCGCGGCGCCGGGGAGGGCGCGGCGGGGCCGGGGCCCGGAGCUGGGCCCGUCGAACCGGGGCCUCCGCCGCCGCCGCCCGCCGAGGGCAAGUGGAAGAGCGGAGCGCGGCGAGGAGCGAUGGGGGCCGGCGGCGGGUCGCCGGGGCAGGCGGCAUGUCUGCGGCAGAUCCUGCUGCUGCAGCUGGACCUCAUCGAGCAGCAGCAGCAGCAGCUGCAGGCCAAGGAGCGGCAGAUCGAGGAGCUCAAGGCCGAGCGGGACACGCUCCUUGCGCGCAUCGAGCGCAUGGAAAGGAGGGUGCAGCUGGUGAAGAAGGACAGCGAGCGGGAGAAGCACCGCAUCUUCCAGGGCUUCGAGGUGGACGAGAAGCCGGAGGCAGAAGCGUGCGAGAAGCUGCCCCUGGAGUGUCCCCAGGACCUGCUGGAGCCCCCCCCGACCCUUCAGCCCAAGCACUUCCCCUAUGGCCGCAAUGGGAAGGGGCAUAAAAGGAAGCCAGCGUUUGGGAGCACGGAGAGGAAGACGCCCGUUAAGAAACUGGUGUCCGAGUUCUCCAAAGUGAAGAGUAAAACUCCAAAGCACUCCCCGGGGAAGGAGGAAUCGGGGGGCUCCUUGUCCGAAACUGUUUGUAAACGGGAACUGCGGAGCCAAGAGACUCCGGAAAAACCCAGGGCGCCCUUGGAGACCCCGCUCCGAGCCUCGUCCCUGCCCAAGGGCCCCGGUGCCCACCCCAAGGAGAAGAGCUUCUUCAGCAGCGAGGCGGAUGACCUGCCCUAUCUCUCCACCACGGAAAUGUACUUGUGCCGCUGGCACCAGCCGCCGCCGUCACCGCUGCCCUUGCGGGAGCCCUCCCCAAAGAAGGAGGAGACUGUGGCAAUUCCAUCUUGGAGGGACCACGUCGUGGAGCCCCUGAGAGACCCCAACCCCUCAGACAUCCUGGAGAACCUGGAUGACAGUGUCUUUUCCAAGCGGCACGCGAAGCUGGAGCUGGAUGAAAAACGAAGGAAAAGGUGGGAUAUCCAGCGGAUCAGGGAACAGAGAAUUCUACAGCGGCUGCAGCUCCGAAUGUACAAAAGGAAAGGGAUUCAGGAGUCGGAACCUGAAGUUACCUCAUUUUUCCCUGAGCCAGAUGAUGUGGAAAGCUUGCUCAUCACCCCUUACCUGCCCGUCGUCGCCUUUGGCCGGCCCUUACCAAAACUGACCCCACAGAACUUCGAGCUGCCCUGGCUGGACGAGCGCAGUCGCUGCCGAUUGGAGGUGCAGAAGAAGCAGACGCCGCACCGGACCUGUCGGAAGUAGCUUGGGGCAUCCCUGGCUCAUCCCACAGCCGUGUUUGGACGGAUGGAUCCGUCCCUCCGUGAUCCCAGUUCUGUUCCCUUGGGUUUCACAAGCGUUCUUCGGACUCAUCUCCCUGUGCCGCAGAUGGAUGAGGCUCCCCCAACCCUACCCUGUAUCCCGGCUGCUCCAGUCCCAACAACAGCUCACGGACCCCAGCCCCAUCCUUGGUGCCCGUGUUUGGGAUCCUGUGGACACUCAGCGUGGAGCCGGUGCUGGGGAAUGCCGCAUCCCAUUGGGAAUCGCUGCCUUGUUGUUAGUUAGGAAACGGGAUGGACACCAGGGUGGGGGCA